CGGCCUGACCACUUCCGCUUCCUGCGCCUUCGGUUGCUAGGCGACGUGAGCUCUUCCUCCCUCUGGAGGGCCCACGCGGUUGUCUUCAUGGAGGCCGGCGAACUCUUCCGCAAACUGAGGGCCGGAGCCACGUUCGACCUGAAGCGCUUUCAGAAGGAUGCGGAGCGGUUCCGGGUGAUCAGAACAAAGAAGAGGAAACCCGCAGCCUCUGAGAUUGAGGAGAGGCUCGAUUUCUUUGCUGCCAAAAGGCCAAAGAGCCCUGAAGGCGAUGACGAUGGAGGAAGCCAUGCAUCUGAACCGUAUCCUGAAGACGAAGCCUUCAAACCAACAGACGGAAAGAAGGCGAAGCGAAAGAGAAAAGCAGAAGGACAAAUCCCUGAAGGGAGGAGAAGGAAGAAAAGGGCCCCAGAAAUGGCUCCCGUCUCUCCUGCCGCUGAAGGCAAUGGGAUCCUGUGGACGUCUUCUCUGGAGGCAAAGCUCGACGCUCCGAAAAAGAAGGAGGAAAAGCAGCUCUCGGCCGAGAAGCUGAGACAAGCCAGGCAAGAACAGGUCAACCGUUUCAGGAACAAGCACAAGAUCUACGUUCAAGGGACGGAUCUCCCGGAUCCCGUGGCCACCUUUGAGCAGCUGGGAGAGGAGUACAAGAUCCUCCCAAGGAUCAUGCAGAACCUGGAGGCGGCCGGGUUCCAGACCCCGACCCCAGUCCAGAUGCAGGCCAUCCCUGCCAUGCUUCAUCGCCGUGAGCUUUUGACUUGUGCCCCCACCGGCUCUGGGAAGACGCUGGCCUUUAGCCUCCCAAUAUUGACGCACCUGAAACAACCCAUGAAUAAGGGCUUCCGGGCUCUCAUUCUCGCUCCCACGAGGGAACUCGCCAGCCAGACCCACAGAGAGCUGCUCAAGUUGUCCGAAGGCACCGGCUUCCGGAUCCACAUGAUCCACAAAGCCGCAGAGGCCGCAAGGAAAUUUGGACCGAAAUCGUCCCGGAAAUUUGAUGUCCUGGUGACGACCCCAAACCGACUCAUCUACCUGUUGAAGCAGGAUCCUCCUGCCAUAGAUUUGAGCAGGGUUGAAUGGCUGGUGGUGGACGAGUCGGACAAGUUGUUCGAAGACGGCAAGACGGGGUUCCGGGACCAACUGGCCACCCUUUUCUCAGCCUGCAGCUCCCCUUUGGUGAAAAGGGCCCUGUUCAGCGCCACUUUUGCGCAUGACGUGGAGCAGUGGUGCCGCCUCAACCUGGACAGCGUCGUCUCCAUUUCCAUUGGCGCAAGAAAUGCUGCGGCUGAGACAGUGGACCAAGAGCUCUUGUUUGUCGGAUCGGAGACUGGGAAGCUCUUAGCCAUGAGAGACUUUGUGAAAAAGGGCUUUGCGCCUCCCGUCCUGGUGUUUGUACAGUCCAUUGAACGGGCCAAAGAGCUCUUCCGGGAGCUCAUUUACGAAGGAAUCAACGCUGACGUCAUCCAUGCAGACAGGACCCAGCAGCAGAGGGACAACGUGGUCCACGGUUUCCGAGCCGGGAAGAUCUGGGUCCUCAUCUGCACCGCUUUGCUGGCCAGAGGGAUGGACUUCAAAGGGGUCAACGUGGUCAUCAACUACGACUUCCCAAGCAGUGCCGUGGAGUACAUCCACCGGAUUGGUCGAACGGGGAGAGCGGGACACACUGGGAAAGCCAUCACGUUCUUCACCGAAGACGACAAGCCCUUGCUGCGCAGCAUCGUCAGCGUCAUUCAGAGGGCUGGCUGCCCCGUGCCGGACUAUAUCCAGCAUUUCCGCAAACUGCAAAGCAAGCAAAAGAAGAAGCUGAUUAAGAAACCGCUGGAAAGGGAACACAUUCUCACUUCCCCAGAGGCCUUGCAGAGGAAAGCCAAGAGAAAACAGUAA